AUGUUCCACUUUGGCUGGCAUCACUCUGGAGAGCUAUGGACAACCCUUGCAACCUUGAUUUUCAGCACGGUAGCUGUUUUCCUGCUGAAGCUCGUCAAGAAGCUGCUGCAUUCUCGGGACUUGAACAUGGCCAUGCAGAACCUGGACACCUUCGUUCAAGACUGUGGUCACGGCUUGGACUGGGGAACUGAGGACAAGGUUCAGAGCGGUCUAUGGAUGGGGAACGUCAGCACGGCGGAGGGCGAGUACAUGAGAAUUGGUCAAGGGGUGAUCGAGCAGGGGCAUCUGAUCCAGGCCAAGAGCAUGUACCAGGACGCCGUGAAGAUGUGGGGGAGUGAUGAUGUGUGCAUUCAUCGCUCAGCAGGUGCUCGAGACGUGGACUGCUCUUGGAAGCGACGUGAGAGCUGUGCUGAGGUGGUAGCUUCGGUGAAGGACGGGAACCCGGCAGGGGAGUUGGAGCAGCAUCCGGUGUACAUGCACGUGGCCCGUGAAGCUGUGACCAUUGUACUCUUUGCGGUGUCCAGUUGGGUGGCCAUGAAUGGAGCUUAUUUCCAAUUCAAUUUGCUGCUGGGGUUGGGAAAGACCUUGGAUUGCUGGUGUGGCGACAUGCUGGAAACGCAGAAUUUCAUUGGCGGCAUUUCUAGCUGGAACUCCUUGCAAGCAAUGCUCAAGUGUGUUGGCAGGGAAGUCACCUGGUGCUUCACAGUUUUGAUUUCGCUGGGCUACAUCGGCCUCUUCAUCUCUUUGGCGGCAUCUUUGAGCCUCUUCUUGGAGCCAGAUUUGGACAUAGGUUCAGUUCUUUUGUCCGAGUCAGCCUUGCUCCCCUUGAUGUACCUCUUCUUUUUGUCCGCUCGUCUGGUUGCACAAGGCGCACUGCUCAGUGAAAAAUGCCGACAGAUUCCCGCUUUUGUGAACCAGUUGCUUGGAGACCGUGUCGAUCUUCACCGCCAGUACUUAGUGCAUUUCAUCGCGGAUAGUUCGGCUGGCUUCAUCGUGCAUGGUGUCACCCUGUCACAAGCCGUCUUCUUGAGGCAGAUGCACUUCCUGACGGCCGUGUUCUCCGGAUUUGGAGGAUUGUUGGCUCGGCGCUAUCUUUGA